AUGAGUACCGCCGGGCAUCCCGAGGCCGGCGCCGACGACGAUAGCGAGGCCUAUCUGAGUUCUCAUGAGCACCAACACGAGUCCGGUGACGACAACGAUGACGACUAUGACUGGUUCACGACGCUUCAGGGCCACAUCCACGAUCAUUACCAUAACCAUGAUCGGCCCGAGGGUGGCGAGGAUGUCGACGAGGACGAGGACGAGGACGAGGACGAAGACGACGACGACGACGACAACGACGGAGAUUAUGUCGACGAAGAUGAGGAUGUCGACGAAGACGAAGAUGUAGAUGAUGACGAGGCAAAUGAGUACUUGGAUGCCGAAGCCGGCGAGGUCGAACUAGAGCUUCUCAUCCAGGAGAUUCCCGGUCAAGGCGCCGGCGGCGACGGAGCUGAAGCGGGCGCCGAGAACAACUUGCACCGGAGGAUUUUGAGAAUCAUUGCCGGACGGACUGGGCCGGGGUUUUUGACAAUUCGCCAGAUCUUGGGCCUUCUCCGAGGCCAAGACCUCCGCCAUGUCAUCUUUGACGACAACGAAGAAGUGGAUCCGUGGUCGACCAGGAGAAGGAGGGAUCUGGACCCCAACCGAUUCCCAAAGGUGCCGAGCGACGAGGGCCGAAAACUGAUCGAGUCUGGCCUCUUUGGCGCAUUUGACGCCAGAGACCGCGACAGUAAGAGACUAGCCCGACGAAUAUUCGAACGCGAGUUAGGUAUCGAGACCGGUUAUGGCCGCAAGAUCCAGCAAGGCCUCAUGGCUCAGGCAAGUAAAAGGUGUUUCUGGCUUCAAAUGAUACCUUCGUCAAAGCCCGAGAUGAUCAUCCACUACGACGAUCCCGUCUGCUGCGGGCAGUUUUCCGACGACGGCAACUUUUUUUAUGCAUGUGUCAGGGACUUUCGCGUGCGCCUAUACGACACUUCUAAUCCCUACAACUGGAGGCACUACAAGACAGUCACGCUUCCAUUCGGCCAGUGGAACCUGACUGACGCAGAUCUCAGCCCUGACAACAAGUGGCUCGUCUACUCGUCCCUUCAGAGCAACGUCUGCUUCGCACCUACCGACCCCGACGACACAGGCGAUCCGUAUGCUCUCAACCUUGCUAACGCCACGAACCGAGGCGCGAACACGGCCCGAAACUCCUUUGCCAUCUUCUCCGUCCGCUUCUCUGGCGACGGCCGCCACCUUGUUGCCGGGACGGGUGCCGACUCCAUCGUGGUAUAUGACAUUGAGCGGCGGCAGCCCAUCCACCACGUCGUAGGACACCACAACGACGUGAACGCCGUUUGCUUUGCCGACAAGCUGUCGCCGCACAUCCUGUACUCGGGCUCCGACGACUGCACCAUCAAGGUGUGGGACACGAGGAGCAUGGGCGACAACAGAGAGGCCGGCGCCUUCGUGGGCCACAUCCAGGGCCUGACCUACAUCGACAGCAAGGGGGACGGGCGGUACAUCCUUAGUAACGGCAAGGACCAGAGCAUGAAGCUCUGGGACCUGCGCAUGGCCAUGUCGACGUCGCGGUUCGAGGAGGUCGAUCCCACGCGGGUGACGAGAUCGCACGAGUACGACUACGACUACCGGUGGCAAGACUACGACGAGAACAAGUGGUUCAAGCACCCGCACGACAACUCGCUGGUGACGUUCCGCGGCCACAAGAUCCAGCGCACGCUGAUCCGCUGCCACUUCUCGCCGCCCGGCAGCACCAACUCGCACUACGUCUACUCGGGCAGCCAGGACGGCUUCAUCUACGUGUGGAACCUCGACGCCACCCUCGCGGCCAAGAUCGACGUCAAGUCGCACACCAGGGGCGUGCGGCCCGGCUUGGGGCGCCGCGUCCGCGCGUACGCCGGCCGCCCCGUCAACGACGGCUGGAUGACGCUGAUCCGGGACGUCAGCUGGCACCCCAACGCGCCGCUGCUUGUCGCUUCGUCGUGGGACGGCCCGACGAUGGAUUGCGGCACCGCCACGGUACACUCGUUCAACGAGAACGAGGACGAUGAGGCCGAGCCGGCCAUGGGCGUCUCCAUGAACGACAGACUAGUGCCUGGCAUCCCCCCUCCAUCCGCUCAACAGCCGGGGUGGUAG